GAAAGGGCAGACUACAUCAGCGCCACGCUGUGCCUAACCAAGGCGCCCGCGCGGCUGGGCAUCGCCGGCGCGCAGACACGCUGGGAUGAGCUGCACUACGUGCACAUUGCGCAGUCGGGGUACAUCCACUUCGUGGGCGCCUUCCUGCCGUGGCACCGCUACUUCCUGGCCGCGCACGAGACGCUCCUGCGAGACGAGUGCGGGUACAGGGGACCGAUGCCGUACUGGGACGAGCUGGCCGACGUUGCGGACCUGCGCGGCGCGGCUGUGUUCGACAGCGCCACGGGCUUUGGCGGCGACGGCAAGAAGACUAGCGUCAGAGCAGCAGCUGCUGCUGGCGGCGGCGGCUGCAUCGCCGACGGGCCGUUCGCCGACCUCAGGCUGCGCUUCAGGGAGGACUUGACGACGGUCCCGGCCGGCGACCCGGGGUACUGCCUCGUGCGCAACAUCAGCGAGUGCGCCUUCUCCAACGCCGCGCAGACCACCCUCGACACCUGCCUUGCGGCGCGCACGUACGAGGACGUCUGGCACUGUCUCGAGGCCAAGCCGCAUAUUGCCGGACACUGGGGGGUGGGAGGGAUUAUGUCCAACACGAUGCUCAGCCCGGGUGACCCGCUCUUCUACCUGCACCACGCCUGGCUCGACCGGCUGUGGUGGCUGUGGCAGUCUAAAGACCUCGCGACGCGGCUGACGGAGAUGGGCGGCCCCAACGUCCCCACGGCCAACUCGACGCCCCCGGCUGCGAGCAACUACUUCAACGACGGGGGCGGGGCCGUAACGACGCUCAACCACACGCUGUGGUCGGCGGGCAUACUCCCCAACGCAACUAUUGCUGAUGUCAUGGACCUGCAUGGCACGUUUGUCUGUGCAGAUUAUCUAUAG